AUGGGAAGGGCGGAGCGGUAUGCGAAUUACAUGGAUGAGGAUGUCAAGGGGUUUGUGGAGGCUUAUGCUAGUAUUCUGACGGAUGGAGGGGGCGCUUAUGGGACUAUUCUGCGGUAUCUGGCCAGCUUGAGCAGUAAUAGCGACGGAGGGAAAGAAGGACAGAAACUCGGUGCACUCAUCCACUGCACAGCCGGCAAAGACCGCACAGGAAUCUUCUUCGGCCUCCUCUUCGAUUUCCUCGGUGUCCCGCGCGAGCAGAUCGCAGAGGAGUACCAACUCACUGAACUCGGCCUCCGCCCUGCGAGAGACGAGAUUGUGGAGCGCUUGUUGACGAGUCCGGGGUUUAGGAAGUAUAUGCUUGCGCAGUCUACCGGAAAACCUCUAUCGAAAGAAGAGAUGGCGCAGAUCAUACAAGGACGGGAUAGCGAGGGUUCUGAUACCUCGGAGUUCCCGCCUGAGAUCCUGGAGAAGGGGAGACAAGCUGCGUUGCGCAUGGUGGGGUCGAGGAAGGAGAGUAUGCUGGCGAGUUUGGAUAUGUUGGAUGAGCGGUUUGGGGGCGCGGAACGGUAUAUGAGAGUGUAUUGUGGGCUUGGGGAUAAGGAGUUGGAGGCUUUGAGGAGGAAUUUGGUGGUUGAGAGGGCGGAGUGA